ACUGCGCGGCGGCCGCGUGCACGGAUGCUACAUGCUAUUACACGAGAUUUUUUGCUCGAGUCAAAAUGCCCAUAACUUGUUCACUAGCAGCUGACCAGGCCAAAAUCCUACAGUUACUCUACUGCCAAACCACACAAAGAAGAGAGCACUGUGAUCCUCCACACAUCAAGAAGCGUCGAAAGCUCACCUGGAAAGAAAAGUGGUGUGUUCUGAAGGAGGCAACCAGGCUGUAUGGGGCUUCUUGGGUUAGAGACAUUGGCCCUGAACUCAGACCAAACGACUACAAGAAGGCCAAAGAGGAACCUGACAUCAAGACUGAGGAGGGAAGAAGCGAGCCUACUGCUGUUGAGGACUUCCUCGGCGCACUAAAGGGUGGAGCAGAGAAGGCCAAGCCUGCGCUACAGCGGCUGUACAUGGCUCGUGCCUCAAACUACACAGAUGCACUGAAGAACUAUGUCGAGUCCUACAAAGAAGCUCUGAAAGAGCAUUUGGAGGAAGAAGCCAUGGGUAAAGGCCAUCGGCAAGGCAAUGAGGCAACAAAGCCACCGCAGUCAUCGUCAUCGUGAUUUUGUCUGAAUAUCUCAUGUGUGAUCUGUGAUGCACAUUGAAGUUUCAGCACGUCGUGUGUAUGUGUUCAACCGCAGUUGAUACAUUGUAGCAAGAGGCUGUCUAGGCUGUAGACCGAAAAAAAGGCCGAAUAGUGAUUUUCAUCUCGAUUGCAGCAUGCUUAACUGAAAACAAAGCUGCACUAGUGUCUACUCUGAUGAAAACUUCCUGAAUAACAUUAUUUCUUUUCUUUCCCUUCUGGUUGAACAAGCUAGCCUUCUAUCUUACUUCUAAAUAUAUACCAGCAUGAGGGAGAAGCUGUGUACAGGGGCCUGUAACAUGCUAUGCAUCAUUAGGUUUGUUAUUCUCAUGUGACUUAAUUACAUUAAUCUGGUCCUGUAUCAGUAGUAG